AUGGAGGCCCCGCGAACGGUGGACGAGGUGUACCAAAACUUUGCGAUGCGUCGUCAAGGGUUGGUCAAGGCGCUCACGGACGACGUCGAGGCGUUCUACGCGCAGUGUGAUCCGGAUAAGGAGAAUCUGUGCCUGUACGGCAAUCCCGACGGGACGUGGGAGGUGCAGCUCCCGGCGGAGGAAGUCCCCCCGGAGCUACCCGAACCCGCGCUCGGGAUUAACUUCGCGCGAGAUGGGAUGCAGCGUAAGGAUUGGCUCGCCUUGGUGGCCGUGCACGGCGACGCGUGGUUGAUGGCGGUGGCGUUUUACUACGGCGCCAAGUUCGACGCGAAGAAGCGCGAUGCGUUAUUCGCCAAGAUCAACGGCGUGUCGACGGUGUACGAGACCUUGUGCGCCGCGCACGGUCGAGACGACAAGGCACACGAGAGCGAGGCCAGCGCGAGAAACGGCGGUUCGUCGAACGGGGGGGCGAAGGCGCGGGGUGGGGACGCCGCGCGCUCGAACGGGGUGAAGGCGAAAAAAGUCAAGAUCGAUCCGGCUGACGCGCAAGGGUUCAACAAGCCUUCGCCGGGAUUCAUUCUCGAGCCGUCGCAGCCGCUCAGCGAGCUGAAGAACGCGCAGAUCGAGUUGUUCUGGCCCGACGAUAACUUGUGGUAUCGCGCGGAGGUGAUCUCGCUGAACGAGCGUAAUCGCACGGCAAAGGUGUUGUACGCGACGUCCGACGUCGAGACGCUCGACUUGGACGAGUUGAUCCAGGAGGGUCACGUCAACAUUCGACGCGAUCCGCAACAGUGA